UAUUUAAUUAGGUAGAGACAAUAGCCAGGUUCGUUCAUUUGAAACCCCAAAUAUAAAGAGAAGAAAGGAUAAACCCUUGAAGUCGCUGUUUGAUUCCACCGUGAAAGAGGAAAAUGCAACUCCAAUGAUCAUAGAGUCCAGCGCAGAAUCAGUUGACGCUAAACAACUACGAUCAUCUGAACAAGAUUUUUUCCGCGAAUCAAUCGUUGGUCUCACCUCGAAAGUCAGUGCUCAUCCGCGAGUUGAAAAAGAAACGGGUCAAAUGCUAACAGUUUCUGAAGGAAAACAGUUGUCAGAAGCCCUGCUGAAGAGCAUCACUAAGUGUAUACAAAUCCAGAGCUCCCUCUACAGACUUGUUCUUCUCCAAAUGGCUGGUCGUGCUUCAUGCUCUUCAAGCCAACCUGACACCGAUGUCAAGGGAAGUGUUCAUACCUCGGAUAAACAUGAGGCUUCUGAUGUGAGCAGUACAGGAGAAAAUUGUAAACAUGAUACACAGGUUCUCCUCAGUGAUCUGAAACAACCCAUGGAAGCUUUGAUGCGUUGUUUAAGCAUUCAAAAAACACUUUUUCAAAGAUUAACAGCAGUCAGCUUGGCAACUCUUGAGCUGUCGAAUGGCAGUUUAGAAAUGAAAAGCAAGCCACGGGCAGACAUUUUGGCGGUGCAAUCUUUUCUUGAGGAAGUUAUCUUCAAGAACAGCGUGGAGUGCGGAUAUGUACGAAAUCCUUUUACAAAUAAACAACCCAAAGCUUCCACAACAGAGGAUGUGGUACAGCAUGUAUAUCACGAUAAACUACCCUUCAGCGGAGCUGCAGUUACCAACUACAAUGCAAGUAGUCAAAGGAAACUUCCACAUGGUCAUGGUAACCUUAAAACGGUGAUGGGUAAAACUUUGUACACAGGAGACUGGUGUAAAGGCAAGAGAGAUGGGAUGGGUAAAGGUCUCAUCCUUUCUUUGCCUUGCGACAAUCUAACAACAGCUAAACAUGGAGUCUACAGUGGUGGAUGGAAAAACAAUAUGAGGCAUGGUCAUGGAAAGAUGAUGUUUUCUUCCGGUGCUGUAUACGAAGGUGACUGGCAGUACGACAAAAUGACCGGCUAUGGGACUUUGACGCUUCCGGAUGGUACUGUUCAAGAGGGGAGUUGGAAAGAUGGGUGCUUAGAUGGAUGUGUGCAGUUUACUUGGCCUCAUGGAGUCACGGAGUUUCGAGAAUAUGAUAAGCGUCGAGGUCUCCUGUCUUCCUGUGCAAUCGGUAAGGAAGCUGCUCAGAAGCUGUCUCAAAUGCGUUCCAUUCAGUCCAGGAUUUCAGACAUGAGUGAAUGUGUAAUUCAGCUAAAUGCCGAGAAACUACGUCUCAGUGAGCAACAGAGCAUGCAUAAGAUGGUACAAGCUGAGUUGAGAACUCAUUACCACACUGCAAUGUUUGAAAUUCGUGAAAGUUUUAGGGAACAGCUAGAGCGUGACUGUACGGAAAAGCAACAAGAGUUUGAGAAGAAUUUAGACAAAGUAAAAGAAUCCGAGGCGAAAAGUGCCCAAAAAAUUCUCGAUCUCAAAAUGGAACUCGAAAAAUCCAGGAGCUCUGUGCUUUGUAAGCAGUGUGCCAAACAGCCUCGUGACUGCCUCAUCAUGCCCUGUGGCCAUUUUUUGUACUGUAGAACUUGUGUAAAAGAAUUAAUGAAGGGCUCCUCUGUCAAAUGCCCUUCUUGCAAGCGGGCUGUCACCACUAAACUUUUCUGUAAUCUUGAUCAUUAAACCAUACAUUCUCAAUAAAUGAGAAAACUAUUGUCGUUCAA